AUGCCAUUAAUGGAUCGUGACAUCACCAAUGCAAUUGUUACUAUUUUGAAGAAUGUGGAUAAUAACCUUAAGAACUGUAAAGCAAAGACAGACUUCUUUAUUCUUGUUAGUGGAGGAGCUCCGGGAAUAGGAAAAACUCAGUUUGGUGAGGAGCUGUUCAAUAAUAUACAAUCUGAUUGGAUUCUACCCGUAGAGUGGAUCAUCGACGGUCGUAAACCAUAUUUCGAAUACAUUUAUCUUGACUUUUCAAAUGACAUCAAUCUUAAAAAUGAGAACUGCGAAUUAGACUCAACAGUGAUUAUUGGUUUGCGGAUUGCUUUCACUUUUUUUAUCAAAAGGAAAUAUGACAUAGUGUUUGAAGCCUUUCGAGCUUUGGCCAAGCUUUACAUCAAAAUAUUCAAUAUCAGUAUGGUCUUUGAAAGUAUUCGAAAAUCUCUAUCUCUCUUUAACAAUCAAGUGCUCUUUAUAUUCCUCCAUAUCGAUGAUUUUCAGGAGAUCGAUAUCUGGGAUGAGAAAACGGUAAACCUAACAAAUAAGUUAUUCAAGAACAUGAUCAGCGAUCUUGCAUGUUUCAUAUUUGAUCUACCCAGACUCACUUAUAUUCAAACGUUCCUUUCAGAAACUGCACCGCAAAUUGUCAUUAUGGCCAAAGAGGCGUCAAAGGUUUUAUUUAAAUUUGUUAUUUGUCUUCUACUAUCAACUGCAUCGAUGAUUCAUAUUGUGGAUCAUUAUGCGAAAAUUUUUGGCACACUAGUCUUUGAUGAUGAUGAGUCUAAGUGGAAGCUUUGUCAACCGUUCCUUAAUCUUAUAGAAGAUACGGGAGGAUUGCCUCGCGCAUUCCAAUAUCUUCUUAAUACUUGUUUUGAGUUGGAAAUCCAGAAACACUACAAUAUUUAUAAUAAUGUGCAAAACAAUAAACGUCUAGCUCUGGAACUUUUAUAUCAUUGCAUAGAGACAAUUCCUGUCACCAUCAAGAAAUGUCUGGAUCCGAAUGAUCCCAUCAAAACCAUCGAAAAUUUAGAGCCGUAUCAUGAAGCAUUUCGCACAAAUAUGCUUGUCGAAAAAGAUGAAACGAAAAUGUUACUUUUACGUGACCUGUAUCGUGGCGCUUAUGGUAAAAAUAGUACUUUGGAUAUUGUCGUAAAGUUAAAGCAUCUCUCUGUGUGCCAGGCUAAUGAACAAUUUCCAUCCUCAAAGUUGACAAACAAAGCCAACAACCAAGCGAUUGACUAG